AUGGCUACUGCUACUUCUUCAUUUGCUCCUCUUCCCCUCAUUGAACUCACAUCUUCCGGUAGCCCCAAUAAAUCAAUGGCUAAACUUGUUACCGGCAAACGUCCGGGUCGUAAACUUACCAGAAUCCCUCCAUCCAAAAGGAGGCUUGUCCUUCCGGCUGAUGAACAGGUUUCAGAAGGUUUCGUUCCUGCUGAUCCUCCUUCUGAUGAACCCACGUUGGCUGAACUCUACCCUUCUCUCAUUUUUCCUGCUUCACCUUUCUCUAAUGCCAGCGCUUCUGGCGGUUCCUUCGCCGAUGCUUGGGAUAAAAUUCGUCCCAUUUUUGAAGAACUCAAUACUCCUGAAGCAAUUGACCGUUUCUCCCAUAAGGAGAAUCAGAACAAGAAACUAAAAUAUGAGAAUGAUCAGUUGAGACAACAGGUUACUGAGUUAUCUUCUACCGUGUUUUCUGCUGCUGCCAAGAAGCAACUUGAAGCUCAGAUUGAAAGUCUUCAAGCAAAAUUCAAAUCGACUACGGAUCUCAACCAAGAAUUAACUUCCAAAAUUGGCAAGCUAAAGGCUCGUCGAGCUAAUCCUAUUACCUUUACUCUGGGUUUAUUAUCUAAGGAAGAGCAAGCAGCGGAAGCUAUUGCUUCCUUGGAAGAGGAAGAAGAACAACCUUUUCUUGCCAUACACAAGGAACCCAGGCUUACCGAGGAAGUUCCCUUUCGUGACACUUUUGGUCUACUUAUUCCUUCCUCUUCUGUUACUGUUUCAGCUACUUCUGCUUCUCAGAUGGCUACUACUACUUCUGCAUCCUCUCAACCUCUCUCCUUGGCCUUACCUCCUCUAACUUCUGGACCACGAGCUAAAAGAACACCUUGCAGGAGAUCUUCUCUGAGUCCAGGACCAUCAGCCAUCCAUGCCUCAACAACUGAAUCAACUUUCAUUGCUUUGCCAUCUUCCAUCCCCUCUAGCUCUUCCUCUUUUCUUGCCUCAAGUCUUCAUCUAGACCAGCUACUCAUUGCUCUGGAAAGGGACAAUAGCAAGUUAAAAGCUCAAGUAGAGGCACUGAAAGCCAAUCUUCCUCCUUCCCACAUUGAGCUUACUCAAUUGCAAGAGAAGAUAGCUUUACAGACUCAACAAAUAGAGGCUAUGAAAAAGGAAUUGCAGCAUCAACAACAAUUAUUGAAAAAUAAAGAGCUUGAAAGGAAAACCUUGGAGUUACAAGUAGAUUGGUUAAACUCUAGGCUUCAGGUGGAAACUGCUUUGAAGGACAAAGCUAUUUCAGAUGUUUCUCAUAAAAACAUUCUCUUAGGAAAAGUGGAGAGGCUUCACAAUAUUUUUCUUUCUGAGCAGGCUCAAGAUUUAUCAUCAAAAGAGUUUGCCUUUCUACAAGAGCAAGAACAAAGAAAGACUCAGGAUGCAGAGAUAUCCUCACUCCAAAAGGAACUAGAACAGCUUAAAUUGGAAAGAGACACUCUCAAAGAUCAAAAUACUAAACUACGAACUAAAUUUCAGAGUUAUAAGGAACAUGAGGAAGACCGAUGGGAGGACAAGUGUUUAGCCUAUCUGAGGUCUCCAAAGUUUAACGAUGAAUAUGUCCGUCGUAUGAUAGGGACUUUGAAUCAUAUUGUGACAGGGGUUAUUCAGCAAUUGAGGGAAGUGGAGGCUCUGUUUGAGGCCGCUGUUAAUGAGAAGCUAUGUUUGGAAGAGGAGGCAAUCCGCGCCAAGGAGAAGGAACUUUGUGCAGAAUUGGGAGAGCCUUCUCCAAUGGAAGUUCCUGUCUCCACAGGGGUUGCUUCCAGUUCCUAUGCGGCAACUCCAAAGGGAACUUUCACCAGCCUUCCUCUGAUCAUCGAGCUCACUUCUCCAAUGGGUUUGGAGAAAUCCCCUGAAGAAGCUCCCACUAAGAAAUGA